GAACCUCGUCGAAGGCAUCGCUUGUCAAAACCACUCACCAAUGGCAAGGUCUCAACCAGUGCAUCAACCACAAGUCUGCAGGAAUCCGUCACAAAGAGCCGCAGUCCGAGUACUUCAGAACUGGUCAGUGGUGGCCAACUGUCUUCUCAUAACAGCAAGCCUGACCUGAGAAAACAAAUCCGAAAUGAGGUCUUUGAUACGGACAGACUAUCUCCGCAAGAUGCCCUUAAGAGUACCUCGACGCUGAGUGUCGCACAGAUGAUUAGACAAUUCGACAAAGCUCCCACAGCGUCCGAAGGGUCUUGGCAAUCUCCAUCCGCUGCGAGCAAGCCCAAGAAGAGAAGGUCGCUUCUAUUGAGACGAUUCUCUGCCCAGAACUCGGCUGACUUGAGUCGGUCAUCGAGCAAAGAGCGUGCCGAUCCCAAAAAUGUCGAACCGGCAGCUCGAUCACCCAACUCUUCAGUGGACAGGAUCGCUGAUUCCCCUGCCAUUCCUCCAACUCGUCGAGCUUCCUUCACUCCUGGUGCUGCCACAAGGAAGCCAUCCGCUCCCCUUUUCGGCGAAUUGAAGCCAAAACAGGACCCAAUUCAAGAAGCAGACGAGCGAAGCCUUGUAGGGUCCGAAUAUCUCGGCUGGCAACCCCGGCCUCCAACCAUGAUUGGACGAGCCGGCACUCCUGCGGAUCUCAGCUAUUCUCAUCUCGCAGGACUCAGAAUUGGGUCUUUGCAGGUCAUGAAUGGACGAGCGUCUCCUGCAUUUAGUGAGAUGUCCAAGGUUUCUAAGCAUCUCCUCGCCGUGCCCAAGACGCUGAGAGACGUAUCGAGCGAGUAUGGUGAUGCGGACCAGGCCACUCACGAGACCAUUCCGAUCGAGGACCCGAUUCGCGUCGGAACACCCAAUGCAGCCAAGGAGCUUCGAACCUUCAGCUGGGAGACUGUCGUGGUCGAUGGUGAAGAGACUACUGAUCUGGAGUCAGAGAUCGAUGUCAGAACCAAGAUUCCAUUAGACAUGGAUGACGACCAGGCAUCCAUAAUGGCAAAGGAAUACAUGGCUGAAUUGCCUCUCAGUCCCUAUAUGUUGCAUGCCUCCAGCUCUUUGCCAGGGUCGCUCCGCCGACUCGGAUCUGAUGGGUCUUUGCAGAAGACUCCCUCCAUGACACCCCUCCAGAAGACGCCAUCAGUCAAUUCUCUGCAGAAGAGUCCAACUCCUUCGUCACCGGUUAGUUUUCGGACGGUAUCAAGCCUUUCACACACCGGGUCGGUUGUAAGACGGCCAAGUUUGCGACUGGCCACGGUGCUUGACCCUCCCAUUGAGGCGGCGGAGAAUGGUGAUCAGCCUCGGAAUAGCGUGAUGAGCUGGUAUUCCGCGAUGGAGCCAAGCUUCACCCAAAAUGCGCCCUUCCAAUCAGCUGUCGAGUUCCGAGUACAAAAGUCACCCGCUCGACCUCAGCCUCAGAUUAACCUUGACAAAUCUGACAGCGGCUAUAGCUCAAAUAACUCUCUGCGAUCCCUUCGCAUGGCAAAUUUUGCUUCUGCUGUUCCGCGAACAAUGCUUGCACCUCUAGUGGUGGCUCGUCCACCAGAGCCUGAGCUGCGAACUAUGCCAUCCCAGCUGCAACAUCGGCCAAGUAUUCUCAAGUCACGUAAAACAGAGCCCACUGUGCCUACUUUUGCAAAUCUUCGUCCUGCUGUCAUGCCAAUGAGCUCGACACCAGCAGUUCCUUCUACUGUCGAGGCAUCAAUUCAGCCUAUGAAGCAACGCAAGAAGCUUCAGAAGAAACGCGCGCAGAGCCAACAUUCAAAUAAAAUCGCUAUCACAAGAGUUCGAUCUUUUGAGGCAGAGACUGUCCCAGCGAUUCCUGUAGAUGCCAUGGAGAAUCUGCGAAUCCGAACUCAGGAAGUUCCCGAGCUUGAACAGACCUACGCCAAGCUAAAUACUCAAGCGAGCUCGUCGACUAUGUUUCUUCCCAUGAAUGAUAUUAGAUUUCCUUCACCUGAGCCACCAUCAAAAGCACGUGAUCGGUCACGGCGCCCAAGAUCUCUCAGCCGGCCCCGAUCGUGGAUUAGUCGGUCGAAGGAAGACAACUCAGGGUCGAGACGUGUUUCUGAUCUGAGUCAAAGUGAUGCGCUGGCUAUCAUCAAUGAUUCCAAUACUGCUACAUCCUCACUAGGUGGCAGUCCAUACACAAUUGCCCACGAGAACUUCGUUUUAGACCCUCUUCCGGGGAUCACCAAGCCGCAUGUGAAAGCAUCCCGUCCCAAGUCCAUGAUGGAUGACAGAAUGGCUGUUGCGGUUGCCAAAUUUCGCAGACAGUCUCUCCAGCAGCGCGAGGCUUUUGCUGAAAGGCGGCCUUCGUUUAAUGAUAGGGGUGGCAUUCCUGGCAAGACCCUUCGUCCAGCUAGCUUCAUCGGCGAAGCCCCGCCAAUCACCAAGGAGAUGCUCCAAACGGUAUAUCGAACUUCCUCGAUGCAAUCACAAGGACCCAAAGAUGACAACCCAGCUCCUCCUGCGCCUAAUCGUCCCCCUCCACCGCCUCCG